UUGCUGACAGAAAAUGGCGCCCAGAAAGGCAAAAGUUCAAAAGGAGGAAGUUCAGGUGCAGCUUGGCCCACAAGUACGCGACGGCGAGAUCGUCUUUGGCGUUGCACACAUAUUCGCCAGCUUCAACGAUACAUUUGUCCAUGUCACCGACUUGUCUGGGCGUGAGACCAUCGCCCGUGUCACCGGCGGCAUGAAGGUGAAAGCCGAUCGUGAUGAGGCAUCUCCCUAUGCGGCUAUGUUGGCUGCUCAGGAUGUGGCUGAGAAGUGCAAGACCCUCGGCAUCACUGCUUUGCACAUUAAAUUGCGCGCAACCGGUGGCAACAAGACUAAGACACCCGGACCCGGUGCCCAGUCGGCGCUGCGCGCCCUUGCUCGUUCAUCAAUGAAAAUUGGUCGUAUCGAGGAUGUGACACCCAUCCCUUCGGACUCUACACGCAGGAAGGGUGGUCGUCGCGGUCGCCGUCUCUAAAGCGCUCCAGUGUACGGCACAUUUCGUGCUGUUUUGGUUUGUUAUGGAUGCCACACUAGCUGUGUGCGUUGAUGUAUAAACGAAAAGAAAAAUACAAAAGCGCUAACUCUAACAUAUAAAUAAAUACAUCUUAUAAUGUAGUAAUAAACGAUUUAAGCAUGA